AUGGCUGAUCGAGCUGAAUUCGAUCUAGUUUCGGAUCGAACAUCGUCUUCAUCAUCAAAAUCUCGUCGAUCUUAUUCUCAAAGAAAUGUUUCUUCAUUACAACAUGAAUUAACAAAAAAUCGUAAAAUGAUUAAUGUUAGAACAUCAACUACAACAGUUCUUAAUCGUACACUUAGUUUUAAACCAUUGCCAGUAACAAAUCCAACAUCAUUAGCAAAUGUCGAAAAUACACCAGUGAAAAUUAUACCAAUUAGACAACUUUCACAUGAUUUUGAUACCUCUAGUGCAAUGUCAUCAUCAUCACAAGAAAUAGUUGAAGAACAUCAUGAAGCUGUCGAAGAAACUCCUAUUAAAGAAGAUGAUAAUGUAAAUGAUUUAUUAUCAUCAGAUAUAAUGGCACGUGAAAUUCAAAGACUCUCUCUUCGUCUUCGUUCUGCAACUCCCUUGUAUAAUGUUCCCGUUUUUGAUCAUCAAUCAAGUAAACCAGCUACUCUUCAUCUUUCUCAAGUAGUCAAUCGUGUAUCUCGUUGUAAUUAUGUUUUAAGACGUUUUGUACGAGAAGCACAAAAAUAUUCACCUAAACUAGAUGAAAAACGACCAGCAUCUCAACCAAUAACAGCAAAAUCAUUUGCAUCAUUACAAUCACAUGAAAAAGGUCGACGUCGUUUAUUUGUUGAUUCGCCUAAACAAAAUGCAUCUAUUACAAUCUCUGAACAACAUGAACCACCGAUAACUCCACGAAAAGCGAGUGGAGUUAUAAAAAAAUUAUUUUCAUCACCUUCAUCAUCUCUCAAACGACCUCUAACAUCACCUAACAAUAGUUCAACAAAUAAUGAUAAACGACAAAAACUUUUCUAA